AUGGCUCGUCUCCCCAAAGCCCUUGCAGUUUGCAUUUUGGCAGGCAUGGCAAACGCCUUCAGCUAUGACCAGCCCUACCGUGGACAAUACCAUUUCUCACCCCAGGAACAUUGGAUGAAUGAUCCCAACGGGCUGCUGUACCAUAAUGGAACCUAUCACCUGUUCUUCCAGUACAAUCCAGGUGGAAUCCAGUGGGGCAACAUAUCAUGGGGCCAUGCUACCAGCCAGGAUCUCACCCACUGGGAGGAGCAGCCUGUCGCCCUUCUGGCUCGGGGUUACGGCGGCAAUGUCACCGAGAUGUACUUUAGUGGAAGUGCAGUUGCCGAUGUGAACAACACGAGUGGCUUCGGAAGGGAUGGCAAGAUACCGCUGGUCGCCAUGUAUACUUCCUAUUACCCCGUUGCACAGACCUUACCAAGUGGUCAGACCGUCCAGGAGGACCAACAGGCACAGUCCAUCGCCUACAGUCUGGACGACGGUCUGACAUGGACGACAUACGAUGCCGCCAAUCCCGUCAUUUCCAACCCUCCGCCCCCCUAUGAAGCUCAGUACCAGAACUUUCGUGAUCCCUUCGUGUUCUGGCACGAUGACUCCCAAAAGUGGGUCGUUGUCACAAGUCUGGCCGACUUGCACAAGCUCGCGAUUUACACAUCCGAUAACCUUAAGGACUGGAAGCUGGUGAGCGAAUUUGGUCCGUACAACGCGCAGGGCGGUGUCUGGGAAUGCCCCAGUCUUUUCAAGUUGCCCCUUGACGAGGAGAAGUCCACGAAAUGGGUCAUCACCAGCGGACUGAAUCCCGGUGGUCCCCCGGGCACCAUCGGCUCCGGAACCCAGUACUUUGUGGGUGAGUUUGACGGAGCCACCUUUACCCCCGACGCCGACUCUGUAUAUCCGGGAAAUUCAACGGCCAACUGGAUGGACUGGGGCCCGGACUUUUAUGCUGCGGCGGGCUACAAUGGCCUCUCGAUUAACGACCACGUCCACAUCGGAUGGAUGAACAACUGGCAGUAUGGCGCGAAUAUUCCUACCUACCCUUGGCGCAGCGCGAUGGCUAUUCCUCGACACUUGGCUCUGAGGACUAUCGGAAACAAGACGAUGCUAGUUCAGCAGCCGCAGGAAGCGUGGUCUUCUAUCACGAGCAAACAGCCGGUCUAUUCGCGCAUAUACAGCUCCGUUCCAGAAGGCGCUAUUAAUGUGGGUGCCCUGGCAGAGACAAUCAAGAUCGACUUGAGUUUCUCUGCUGCUUCGAAUGCCUCGACAGUUGCAAUCGCCGUCCGAGCGUCCGCGAACUUCACCGAGCAGACCCUCGUUGGUUACGAUUUUGUCAACCAGCAGAUUUUUGUUGACCGGACUCAGUCCGGGGACGUGUUAUUUGACACAACAUUUGCCAGCGUCUAUCGCGGACCUCUGACACCAAGUGCUGAUCGCGUUGUGAAAUUGAGCAUCUUUGUCGAUCGGUCCAGUGUUGAGGUGUUUGGUGGUCAUGGCGAGACCACGCUCACGGCUCAGAUAUUCCCAAGCAGUGAUGCGGUCUACUCCCGGGUGGUGUCGAGUGGGGGAGAUACUGAGGACGUUAAGCUCAACAUCUAUAAUAUCCGGUCGACAUGGAAUUAAUCGCAUUGACAGAGGCAGGCGGCAACUCAACUUUUUUCCCCGGGGUGGUGAAGUACCCACUGCCAAGAGAAAUGUCAAGACUGGCAACAGCCUCGUGGCUCUCAUUAUAACGCCUUUUUGGCCCCUCGUGGCUUAUUCAUGCGUGUCGAUAGUAGUACACUGUUGAAAUAAAUCGAAAAUUCAGG